CGCAGUGAAACAGAAGUUGAGGGGACGGCCGGACUCAGCGAUGGCGGCGUCCAUGAUGUGCAGCCGGCUGUCGGCUGGGUUCUGUGCUGGUGGCCUCCGCGCCGCCAAGGUACUUGGUGGAGGUCCAGGACUAUUCAGUAACCAUGGGUCUCAGGUGCAGCAGCAGCAGCAGCAACAAAGGAACCUGUCACUUCAUGAAUACCUGAGCAUGGGACUGUUGCAAGAGGCUGGUAUUUGUGUUCCACAUGGACUAGUUGCAAGAACACCAGAAGAGGCAUACACAAUUGCAAAAGAAAUAGGUUCAAAGGACCUUGUGGUAAAAGCACAGGUUUUAGCUGGUGGUAGAGGAAAAGGAACAUUUGAAGGUGGCCUCAAAGGAGGAGUGAAAAUAGUUUUUUCUCCUGAAGAAGCAAAAGAUAUCUCCUCCAAAAUGAUUGGGAAGAAGCUGUUUACCAAGCAGACAGGAGAAAAGGGCAGGAUAUGCAAUCAAGUAUUUAUCUGUGAGCGCAGAUAUCCCAGGAGAGAGUACUAUUUUGCAAUAACAAUGGAAAGGUCAUUUCAAGGUCCUGUGCUAAUAGGAAGUUCUCAGGGUGGUGUUAAUAUUGAAGAUGUUGCAGCGGAGAAUCCUGAUGCAAUAAUUAAGGAACCCGUUGAUAUUGUGGAAGGCAUCAAAAAGGAGCAAGCUGUUAGGCUGGCCCAGAAAAUGGGAUUCCCUCCUAACCUGGUGGAGGAAGCAGCAGAAAACAUGAUCAAGAUAUAUAAUCUCUUUCUGAAGUAUGAUGCCACCAUGAUAGAAAUAAACCCUAUGGUAGAAGAUGCUUCAGGAAUUGUGAUGUGUAUGGAUGCGAAGAUAAACUUUGAUAGUAAUUCAGCAUAUCGUCAGAAAAAAAUCUUUGAUCUCCAGGACUGGACGCAGGAGGAUGAAAGAGACAGAGAUGCAGCUAAAGCUGACCUCAACUACAUAGGAUUAGAUGGAAACAUAGGCUGCCUGGUAAAUGGUGCUGGUUUGGCUAUGGCCACAAUGGAUAUAAUUAAACUUCAUGGAGGGACUCCAGCAAAUUUCCUUGAUGUUGGUGGGGGUGCUACUGUGCAUCAAGUAACUGAGGCCUUUAAACUUAUUACUUCAGAUAAAAAGGUACUGGCUAUUCUGGUCAAUAUUUUUGGAGGCAUUAUGCGAUGUGAUGUUAUUGCACAAGGUAUCAUUAUGGCAGUAAAAGACUUGGACCUGAAAAUACCUAUCGUAGUACGAUUGCAAGGUACGCGAGUUGAUGAUGCCAAAGCUUUAAUAACAGCUAGUGGUCUUAAAAUCCUUGCCUGUGAUGACUUGGAUGAAGCUGCUAAAAUGGUUGUGAAACUCUCAGAAAUAGUAACCUUAGCAAAGCAAGCUCAGGUGGAUGUCAAGUUUCAGUUGCCAAUAUGAAAAGAAAGGUGUCAUGAAAGUGUUUAAUGUGCUAUUCUUUUGAAAUACUGUUGUUCUGUAGUAUUUUUGUUUUUGUGUGGAGGAUUUAAUUGCUUGACAGGCGCACAAACUUUAAAGUACCUGAUCCUACAUUCAGGUUAAAUGGUCAGCGCUCGUGUAAAAGUUUGUAUUGCUGAUAUUUAGUCUUUUUAGUUGCAAUUCCAACCUCUCCAGCUUCUGGUGCAGAAUAUCACUUGCAAUAUACUCAUUCAUUAUUGUCAACAAUGAAGCUUUUGGUUGAAAAUUGAUUCUUUUGAAUAACAUCUGAAGUUAUUUUUAAUUGUACAUUCAUAUUACUAGAUUCAGGAAAGAGAGAUUCUUUAGCACUCAAAAUAUGGAGGAUGUAUUGAAACGGUAUCUUUAUAUUGAAGAUGCUUGUACUCAGCAGUAUAACAAAUGGACUCGAGCACACCAAUCAUUAUUUAUAAGCGAGGCAUUUGAACACUCCCAGGAACAUUCAAAAAGUGCUUUGUUGGAAUGGCGGGUUAAUUAACUUGACAAAACAACUUAAUCACUACAAAAUAUACUGUAGCACUUAAGUCUUUAUGAUCUCUGGUGCCUACUGAAUAGCAUCAGAUAGUUUUGUAAAUGAACAAAUAAAGUAUAUUUCCUUGAUGUUUGGCAGACAUAACAUACAGAGAAGAACUAGAAUGUCUAUUGUACGUUAAUAAAAUGUCUCCCAAGA